CAAACUUUCAGAUUAUCCAUAACAUAGGCAAUGGCCCAUGAAUAAAAGCCCACUGGUAUGAACAUUCCAACCUACUAUAUAACAACACUUGAUUUAGGGUUCCAGCCGACCCCUGUCAAACGCAACUGCCUCGAGGAUUUUCUAGGCACAAAAUGGCUCCAAAACAGCCGAACACUGGACUUUUUGUGGGUCUAAACAAAGGACAUGUUGUGACCAAGAAGGAAUUGGCACCACGCCCAUCUGACAGGAAAGGGAAAACAAGCAAAAGAGUACACUUUGUGAGGAACCUAAUCAGAGAGGUUGCCGGGUUUGCUCCUUAUGAGAAGAGAAUUACCGAACUUCUUAAGGUUGGAAAAGACAAACGUGCCCUCAAAGUUGCCAAGCGAAAGUUGGGCACUCACAAGAGGGCGAAAAAGAAGAGAGAGGAGAUGUCUAGCGUUCUCCGCAAGAUGAGGGCUGGUGGAGGUACCGAGAAGAAAAAGUAAGUUUGUGUUCGAUACACCUUGAAGAUCUUUCUUGAUUUGUUUGACUAGAUCUAUAGGCAGGACUUAUUGUCGAACCUUCUUGUUUUACUGUUUUUGGAAUUUUGACUCUUCUGGGUCAAGUUUGUUUGAUGAAGAUUUUUGUCCGACCUAAUUUGGGUUGCAGAAAAAUCAAAAUUAACGGGUGUUUGAUAA